AUGUUAGCUGGGGCUCAUGUGGGUGAUCCUGCAGAAAUUGUACCCACCAAGUUUGACAAUAUUCAGCACCAGCUGGAGACCAAUGACCUGAGUGACUCGGGGGUGUGGGGGCCAUUCAAAGAUGAAGAGGAGUGGCAAUUAGCCAAAUGGUUAAUACAGAAUGUUGGGCAGAACCAGACAGACAGGUUUCUCAAGCUACCAAUUUUUUGGUGCAUGUAUGAGACUCACAUCAUUCAAAUUCAAAGACGUGCAGAUCUUACCUACAACAAUAACUGGUUGUUCUUGAAAAAAAUUAAUGCACUGCCAAUGACGGGGCCAGAGUGGCAAUUCAACAUCAUAAAGGUUGCAGGUGACCAAGUUGAUGCAAAUAGAGAUAUGAAGUCAGCUGAGUUAGAGCUGUGGUGUUGGGAUCCUGUGGACUGUGUUUGCGAGCUUAUCAGCAAUCCAACAUUUAAAGAUAUGAUGGCAUAUGCACCGGAACAUGCCUAUGAGGAUAAAGAAGGAAAAUGUUGCAUAUAUGACAAAAUGUGGACAUAUGACUGGUGGUGGGAUACACAGGGAAAGCUCCCAAAGGGUGCGACAAUUGCCCCACUCAUACUUGCCUCAGACAAAACUAGUCUGUCACAAUUCUGUGGUGACAAAUCUGCAUGGCCCAUGUAUUUGACUAUUGGGAACAUCAAAAAGGCCUCCCGCAGGCAACCACAAAUGCACACUGCCAUCCUCAUAGGGUAUAUUCCUGUAGCCAAGCUUGACUGUUUCAGCAGGGCUACACGCUCCAUUGCUGGCUAUCGACUGUUCCAUGAAUGCAUGUGCCAGGUUCUUCAGCCUCUUGUUGUGGCUGGUCAUAAAGGUGUCGAUAUGGUGUUGCACCCGAUCCUUGCCGCCUAUGUGGCAGAUCACCCUGAACAAUGUCUGAUUGCCUGCACAAAGGAAAGCUUUUGUCCUAAGUGUCGCGUUCUGCCUGCACUUGCGAGGGUCUGUGUCCUGUGUAUCACCCCCUUCUGGGCCGAUCUUCCUUUUUCUGACAUCUUCGCAUCCGUAACACCCAAUAUCUUGCACCAAUUACACAAGGGUGUAUUCCACAACCACCUAUUGAAAUGGUGUACUGAGAUUGCAGGAGAGAAAGAAAUUGAUGAAUGUUACCAGACAAUGACCAAUUACCCUGGCCUUCAGUAUUUCUUGCAGGGAAUUCACUUGUAUCUCAAUGGACAGCACGUCUUCAUGGGAGUGUUGAUGGGUGCUGUCCAACCAAAGGUAGCUCAAGCUGCCCAUGCUGUUCUCGAUUUUAUCUACUAUUCCCUAGAUGCGCUGCAGUCUGCCCUAGAUGAAUUUCACCAGGAUAAUCAGAUUUUUAUAGACCCGGGGGUAUGUGAAGACUUCAACAUACUGAAAUUACACUCAAUGGAACACUACAUUGGAUCUAUCAAGUCCUGUGGUUCAGCUGAUGGCUUCAAUACCGAGUUUCCUGAGCAUUUGCACAUAGACUUUGCAAAGGGCACUUAUAAUGUGACAAACCGGAAGGACUAUGUGGCACAAAUGACAAGGUGGUUAGCAUGUCAAGAAGCAGUUGAUCAAUUUGAGGCCUACCUCAACUGGAGAUCCGAUGAUCUGGAUCUCAGAUCCGAUCCAGAUCCGAUGAACAUAUCCAUCGUCCGGUCCACAGAUCCGCCUUGA